AUGUCAUAUCGCAACACAUUAAAGCCUGGCCAGAAGCCUGACUUCGUGACUGUACGUGCCAUGCGAAGUGAGAGUGAACCAUCUCUACCCUCUCGAGAAACUGUGAGCUUUGGGCCAUCCAAUAAGGAGCCUGCUUUGAUUACAUCGAAAUGGACUAUUGGCUGGCAGACACCGACUUUGAUGAUAGCAUCAUAUGCCCUUGCUCUUGCAAUCGCAAUCGCACAUCUGCUUUUCUUCCGGUAUCUGGACGGAAGAGAGGCAGAUAGACCGAAUCGUGUAGCUCCACAAGCAUACAUCACAACAGCCUCAAACAUUCUUGCCAAUGCUUUCGGAUUUGCUUUAAGGGCUUCUUUAGCUGUGGCAUUCUGUCAGUAUUUAUGGCGACUGUUUCGAGCUCAGGCCAUGAAAGUAUCCACUAUCGAGCUCCUGUACUCGAUUCGAACGAAUCCGUUCCAGCUAUUCCAGAUAGCAGUUCUACGGGCAGCACCAACGCUAUGUGCGCUUGCAGCUAUCAUGUGGUUGUCACAGAUUGCCAGCAGUUUCCCUCCCGGCGCCAUCACUAUCACGACGGCGCAGAGGGUUGAGUUCAGUUCGGUCUCCGUACCAACUUUCAAUGCAUCUUAUAUGGGAAAUGGAUCUGGGGCAGAAGCAAAUGCCAAUUCCCUCAAUAGGUUGGUCAUAAGCGAAACUGCAAAUGAUUUCGUUUCUGGCGAGUUUAAUUCAAGAAAAUCCUCCAAUCAACUCAGUCGUUUGGCUCGACAGGUACUCGUUGCUGGAGAAGCAUUCCCGGUGUCGUCACCAUGUGGAAUGAAUUGCUCCUACACCACACAAUUCGAGGCACCAUACUUCGAGUGUAACAAAACAACCAAGCCAAGUUCCCAUCGGGCCCAAGACACUCUCAAUGUCUAUUCCGGACUGUGGUUCGCACCUACUGCCCCUAAACCAGCAAUUGGAGGUCCACGAUACAAUGGAACAUACACAUUGGCGAAUUUCAACAGUACCACACUCACACCUGUUUUGAUUAGUAAUAAUACAGGAAAUGCCACCGAGGCAAUUGUGACUGUGGAUGAAGAGAACACAAUCUGUGCACCCGGGCGAGCAAAAUAUACAGUCCACAAUAUCUACGAGAACAACAUCCGUACUCAAAACUUCACAAGAGAGCCAAUUGACCGACUUGUCAAUUUGGCACUAGCUACAAGGGAUGGGGCUAUUCUUGUCCCUAAUUUUACUUUGAAUAGAACACGGGUAUAUGGAACGACACCAGCGAACUGGACUAAAGCCACGCUGGAUAUCUACAGGGACAAUAACAUGAUGGCAAUUCUAUCCGCUAUGAUGUCCUGGCUCCAUGGAGACUUCCAAGCCUCGCUGGCACAACUUGACAAUGACGAUACCCGUAAUGUCACAUUCAAGAAUGCAUGGCACGAAGCGGUAUUCUUCGAGCGUGAGGAAGGUGUCCUGUGGAGUGAUGGAGCGAACAAUGAGCCUCUAUUCAACAUCACUGCAGACAUGCUGAACGACUAUGUCUUUAAUGCAACCACAUCAGUCAUGGCAAUGUAUAGGAGAUGGAACACAACAGCUAACGCAACCACAUCGACCACUCUCAACGUUUAUAGCUUUUCAGAACCCCUCAACCUUAUCAUCCCAUAUUUUCUCACUUUGCUUGUCUCGCUCCCUUUCGUUGUCAUGGGCUGCCUAGCACUCAUGAAGAACGGUGUCUCUGCCACUGACGGCGGAUUCAUGCAGCUUAUCACAACAAACACAGGAAGUGCUAUUGUUGACAAAGCAGCGGCUGGAGGAUGUCUUGGAGGUGAUGAGAGCGCGCCACAAGAACUCAAAGACCUUGAGAUAAGAUUUGGGGAAUUUAUUGGGAGGGACGAACCUGGUCGGAUCAAACGAGCAGGUUUCGGUGUUGACAGUGAACUCACGUCGUUGACCAAGGGAGCUGACUAUGGUAUUGCAAGAUGGAUAUAG